AUGGAGACCCUCGCUGAAACAUCAUGGGAUGUUGUCAUAGCAGGGACGGGACUGGCUCAAUCUCUCCUGGCCUUAUGUCUCUCUCGGUCAGGAAAGAAUGUCCUUCACUUGGACCAAAACCCAUAUUAUGGUGGAACCGAAGCUGCUUUCAGUCUGGAUGAGGCUCAGGAGUGGGUGAACAGUGUCAAUCAACAUCCGGGCCAGUCUCCUUUUGAAGAACCCACGAUUUUCACUUGUGAACAUCCUCAAGACUCUGCGCAGUCCGCUUCCUCCGAACCCAGUUCCGAUGGUGGUAACCCUCCUUCGGGCACACGUAGUAGUCACCCGAAGUUGGCAGCCAGUCGAGCCUAUACCCUUUCCCUUUCCCCAUAUUUCCUCUACACCCGCUCGCAACUAAUCUCUAUUCUGAUUUCCUCCAAAGUCUAUCGACAACUGGAUUUCAUGGCCGUGGGAAGCUGGUGGAUUCAUUCCUCGGAGCAAAUCAACACUAAUAGUGACGAACGGGGUGCCACACAAGGCUUUCAUCGCGUGCCAGGAAACCGUGAGGAUGUCUUUGCUGACACUCACAUCGGCAUAAAGUCAAAGAGGGCGCUGAUGCGGUUUUUGCGACACAUCAGUAAACCAGCUGAUGAAGACUCCGAUGAAGUAGAGGAGGAUUUGUCAAUGCCUUUGGGAAACUACUUGUCUGCCAAAUUUGAUAUUCCCCAAGAUCUUCAAAGUCCCCUUCUCUCACUUUCGCUUUCACAGCAACCCCUUCAGGGUACACUUGCUAGUUACGCAAUCCCUCGGAUCAAGAGACAUCUUGCAUCCAUCGGAGCAUUGGGACCGGGAUUCGGUGGCGUCAUUUCCAAGUACGGCGGCGGGUCUGAGAUUCUUCAGGUCGCAUGUCGAGCCUCUGCUGUUGGUGGAGGUGUGUAUGCCCUUGGUACUGGAAUCCAGUCCCUCGCCAACAACGAUUCUGAUGAGUAUCCUGCCGAAUUACAACUCUCCAACGGUGAGGUAGUCAAGAGCAAGUGUGUGGUAGGUUCUCUAUGGGAUCUCCCUCCCCAGGAACCAUCAUCCACCUUUGGCAAGAUUGCACGUUCAAUCACUGUGGUAUCCUCCAACUUUGUAUCAUUCUUUCCCGUCACUGUGGAAGGUGCUCCUACGCCUGCCAGUGCUAUCCUGAUGUUUCCAGGUGAAGCAUUGGGCAGCCCGCAGUCGCCGCCAGUGUAUUUCCAAAUUCAUUCGAGUGACACCGGCGACUGCCCCCGUGAACAGAGUAUCAUCUAUGGCAGUGUAUCUAUUCCUGGACAAGAAGGCCACUCUCUGUUGGAACGCGCAGUGGAGAAACUCCUUACGGCGGAAGGUCCCGAUGCCAUUGUGCUUUGGUCUAUGCGAUACAAUCAGCUAGGCCGUCUAAGUAACGACGGAUCAUCUCCUGUCAUCCAGGCUCACUCGUCUCAUGUCUACAGCUUCCCGCCUCCUAGCCUAGACCUUGCGUUUGAGGAUGAGACUGUAGACAUGGUCAAGCAGGCGUGGUUGAAAGUCGCCGGAAGUGAAGUCGAUCCUGAUGAUUUUAUGAUUUUUGACGACCGAGAAGGCACCUCUGAUGAAUAA